AUGAAGUUUUCACAAGUAUUUGUGGUUCUUUCUGUCUUGUUUGCCAUUUCUUUUGGUAUUCCUGCCAACUGGAAAGAAAAUGAAGACGUUAUGGCCAGGUAAACUGAGUUGCAAAUAAUAGUUUUAUAUCAUGCCUUUGCCUUUGGUUUUGGCGUCGCUUUAUCUGUUACUUUUUAGCUUUAGUAAUUGAGGCCCAGGCCAGGGCGAACCAGGAAUCAUUUCCGCAACAGAAAUCACACUUUGCCUUUUGAGAAAAAGAUAUGUUUGUGAAUAAGUUGGGACGAAGCACUGUUUCUUUCUACUAUAGUCAUGUUUCCCGAAGGUGGACAAGUCGGGGAACAUUGUUUCCUAUAGCCGUGAUGUUGCUCAACUAUAAAGGUCGGCAUUCAAGCCAUGUAACACCAAGUCGAUACUUUACAAAAAGUAACUUAUUUUGUCAUCAAAAGGACAAAAACGUGGUAUUUUCAGUGGUUCAUCAAAACCAAGUAUAUAAUCACGGCUUUUUGUGCACUGCUUACAAUUCACUUUCUCUGUUUAACCAAGGAUUAAAUGACAUCUGAAAAUGGUGGGUUUCACUAAAUGUUUGGCUGUGCAAUUAUUACUUCUGCCUAAGACUGAGAAAAAAAGUCUUUAAGAAAAGACUAUAUAUAGUUUUAUAAGGCCAAUAUAGUAUUCCAAAAAAUGUUCAUCUAUAGCAUAAAAGAUGUUUUUUAUACACUCUGCGCAUAUAGGUUUUCCCGCGUCUUUACUUAUAUAAUCUUACUUCUAUUUUAGCUAAGAUUGUCUAACUUUCCUUUCAUGGUUUUCAUCUAGCAAUGACGGUGCAGUUCAAGAAAAGAGAUUCGCUCUUACUGCUUGGCUAGCAAAGAAGGCGUUGGGUGCAGCAGUAAGUGCUGCAUGCAACUUCGGAAACUGUAAGUCAGAGUUAUGAAUCUUAUGAUAUAUCUUAUAUCAAAUGCUGUAUCGAUAUUAUAGUGGUAUAAAAAAGCAUCAGCUGCCGAUCUGUAUUUAAGUACUAUCUUAUCCUGGUAUUGAUUUAUUGUAAUUUUUAACUUAACCAUUUUAACAUGGAGAGAUUUCUGCAUGGACGUUACUUUCUUUAAAAUUUUGAUUUGCUUUACCUUUCUAGUGCCUGACCAAAUGAAAGGCGUGUGCAAGUGCGCUUCCUUGGUUGUAGGCCGCGAUGAAGGUAAUGAACAUUUACUAUGUGUACUCAAAAUUUCACGGUGUGAACAAAGGUUAGUUAUGAUAUAAAUAGCUAUCAAUUCAAUGGUCAGUAUAAUGUGCGAAAAAAGAGCUAUCUCCUAAUUUUCACCUUGUGAUCAAGUUAAGUGCAUGUACAUGCAUGUGUACGUGGGAAUUAUGAUGAAUAUCAAUCCCUAGAAAAUGUGCGAAAACAGUGAGAGCUAUCACAAAAUGAAAUGUUAAAAUAUUUACACACUUAUUCAAGAAAUCUUGAGAGUUAAUGAAUUAGGAUAUAUAUAAUUACAAAGUUAUACAUGAAUAAACAGAUAUGAUUAAUAAAAUAUAAGAAAGAUAGGGGGAGAAUGGGUAAACAAAGAAAUGAGAGUUGAAAAGAGUUUUUCCAGUCAUCUACUCAUCUCUCAUGAAAGUCUCGUUUGAAGUUGUCAAACAUUAACUCACUCUCAGGUCAAUUGCAACGAAUGAUCCAUAGUAUUUUGUGGAAAAACUUUGCGCGCUUGCAGCCAAAAACCCCACUUUUGUUUCUUUAAGUGCACUCGCUUUGUCUUAACCCCCUCCCCCAUUUUUUCCUGUAGAGUUCGAAGCCGAGAAACGCUGGUUCAUUAGUGACCCAGUGGGAAAAUUGAAAAGCACCGUCAAAGACGUCUGCGAUAGUAAGUAGAGCUCUCAUUUUGCUAUUGCUGAGGCACCAUAUAUAAAAUCUCCUUUAUUCUUGUUCGUAUAAAGAACCAGUUUGCUUAUUAUGUUAAAAUUUGUAUUUUUUGAAGAAUUUGGGGUGGUUUUAAGUGGACCAUGUGGCUGUAUCCUCCCUUUUAUUUAA